UAAUUAAGUAAUAUUUUUCACUGGGUUGUCCACGUUUAUAUAACCUGCAUAAAACAACACGAUAAGAACGCACGGCGCGAAGUAUCUAAAGGUACGGUACAAACAGUUUCCUCACGAUGUCUCCAUAUUCAAAGAUGAUAACACCUUGAGGUAGGGCCAGGGUUUGAGGCACAGGUUGCCCUGCUUUCUUCAAUAAAACACCACAAAUGUGGGGAAAUAAAGAGGGUCAUUUACUGCAGGCUUUUGGCUUGUUGCUCCACCAGUAGCACAGAAAACAAGUGGGAAAUGAAAACUUCUUUGUGGAGCCUAGCUUCACUUAGUUUCAAGCUAUAAAAAUUACGACAUUUUUUUGCAAAAUCAUAAAUUAAUUUCACUCCAACUAAUCCAGACACAAGACUCAUUCUGUCGGUUAUUUUGAGACGUGUGCUUUUUAUACUUUUAUAGAUUUGAUAAAAAUUGAAGGGAACCUCAAAAUUCUGACAAUUAAUUAUCCUUUAGAGACGAGAAACAAUCACAAAAACGAAAACGUGUUGACAGCGCCACCUCGUGAUCCAUCGAAUAAUAGACUUCCAAAACAAGGAAAUUAUUCUAAGCCGCGGGGUAUGAGAAAGGAAGUGAAUUCAGAACGAAGAUAGAACAAAAUACUACGCAAAUCAAGUUGCUGUUGUAUUUUAUACCAUAAGUCGCGGCUGCUGCCAAGGCGAAGGCUUUAGGAAGCCUGGGACUUACAUUUAAAUCCUGAUUAAAUUGCUGGGAUGAAGAAUUUGGUAUUUCAUUUUGCUUUAUUUAAUGGCAGGUAUUGGAAAUUUCACAGUAAAAAGGAAGACAUUUUUAUUAGACAUAUAAGUGUCUUAAAGCUUCGACAGAGAUCGUUACCGCGUCCAUAAAUCUGUAUGUGUUGUCAUUUUGGUGCAGGCAGAAUUAACACUGAGCUGUUGUUGAGUAAUAGCGGCUGCUACAUCCUUCCUUUACGGCUACAGGAGUCGAUGAAGUCCGCGGGUUUUAAAUUUAGUGCGCGGCUUGUUAUGGAAGCUUAGGCCCAGAAGUUGUAGCUUAUCGUUCGAUAGAAGUUCGAACCGAGAAAGGCAACUGGUUUUUGAAAAAUAAUUCAGUGCCCAGAUAUUAAAAAAACAAAAGGGAUAUAUGUUAAGUUCACGAUUUGGAAACAUUUUGAAUCAAUUCGCGUGUGUAGUGUUGACAGCUAGCUGACUGACGUUGGUUAAGUUGACUUUUGUAUUUCGGAGAUUUACUUCGCACAACUGAGGAUCCAACAUAUAUGUUUUGAAAUGAAACUUCUGGAAAAUUCAAGUUUUGAAGCCAUAAAUUCUCAACUCACGAUUGAAACGGGAAACUGUCAGAUAAUCGGACGGAUUGAGAGCUACUCGUGUAAAAUGGCAGGCGAUGACAAACAGAUGUUCAAGCAGUUUUGUCAGGAGGGUUUGCCGCACGUCCUGGAGGCGCUGUCCCCACCACAGACCGCAGGAGCCAGCCCCAACAAGCUGAGUCAGAGUGGGCAGAGCGGGGAUGAGGGCGAAGGGCCCCUAUCGGACAAGUGCAGCCGGAAAACGCUCUUCUAUCUGAUUGCCACUCUCAACGCCUCCUUCCGUCCCGACUACGACUUCAGUCGCGCCAAGAGCCACGACUUCAGCCGGGAGCCCAGUGUUAAUUGGGUGUUCAACGCGGUGAACAGCAGCCUGUCCUCUGCCGCGGGAGCUGAGUUCAGCCGAAUGGAACCCCAGCUGUGGCAAGCCAUCGACGACGAGAUCUGCCUCUCUGAAUGUGACAUCUACAGCUAUAAUCCGGAUCUGGAUUCAGACCCGUAUGGAGAAGAGGGGAACCUUUGGUCUUUCAACUACUUCUUCUACAAUAAGAGGUUGAAACGGAUCGUGUUCUUCACCUGUCGGUCAGUCAGUGUUUUCGUGGCCCCGCGAGACUCGGGCAUCGAUGAUCUGGACCUGGAGCUGGAGGAGGGCAGCUAUGAGGAGGAGAACAUGGAUGAGGAGCGGUACGGCGCACUGUGCACCUGAGGAACCAGGGGAGGGAGCGCUGUGAAAAGAUGGGCUCUCAGAGCUCUGUGUGAAGCUGCAGCUUCAGCGUCAGCGACUUCUCUUUGUUUCAGCUUCCCCUACAGCAAGGCCGGCGUUCGAUUCGUUUCCCGAUUCGUUCAGUUUGUUCGAUUCGUUUCCCGAUUCGUUCAAUUUGUUCGAUUAGUUUUCCGACUCCUUUUCUAUUGGAAGCCCGUUACUGCGUGCAGCGGUUGCAUGUUGACGUCACUUUUCUGAAGCUAAAAGCUGUUCGAAUUGGGAACUUCCUCAUUCUUUUUUUAUCUUAAAUUAUUCCACCUCGUACUUUGGUUUCGUUUUGAUUAUGUCCUGCGGAUUUUUUUGUUCUCCUUCAUUUCACUGAGGAGGAAAGAUUUUGUAAUGCAGUGUGAGGCAGAAUUUCCACUGCCAGAUACCCUAUGUACCCCAUUCUGUGUACCUUUCUGUGCACAAAUAUAUGUAUUUUAUUCUGGUAUGCACUGUUUGUUGUUUUGACUGCCGUGGUCAUUGCAACCAAUUUUUCACAAUUUAUUUCCGAAGAGUAUUCAACCUCCUGCAAGUAUUUUGUUUUUUUUUCCUACACAAAAAAGCUUUAUCAUUCCAUGUAGCUUUGUCUUUGUCUUUUGCAAGGUCACCAGAAAGUGUAUUCUUAUCAAGUGUAUUUAUAUGUUACUUUAUGUAAGACAGACAGUGGGAGCUCUUGUAUGGUAGAGCAUGCAUACGGACCAUUUUGUUUGCUUGCUGUUACAUGUGUUGGACACUAGGUGUCGUGACACGCCUGUUCCGUGUGUAUCAGCUUGCCUUGGUGCGUGCUUUAAUUGUGCUCACCAUGCACACCUGGUGGUGUGUGCCUUCAUUUUAAAAUGCCAGUUUGACAACUGGCUGAACUGGGGUUAAAAGGUUCCUACUUUCUGAUUUUUUAAUCAGAUGAUGGAUGCACAGUGCAAUUGAAUACAGGAUUAUUAACCUAAUAUGUAAAAGUAUUUCAAGGUGCGAUAUACUCAGCUUUUACACCAAGAGCAAGCAUUUUUUUUUUUUUUUAGAGUCGCUGGUAGUUCAUUCAGUCUUUACCUUUUAAUAUGCCAGCAGAACAAUUUCAUAAUUUUUUUGGCCAUCUUCACUUGUUUUAUUUGCUGUGUUCUUGACAAGGCAUGGUUUUCAAGGCAGUUGGCCAUUCCCCCAUUUGAGUUUAGAGACUCAAAAUUGGCAUGCGACAAUAGAAGAAAACAUCAGAGGAAAUGGAUGCUUUUUUGUCUAAAUUUUCUAGGCCGUCCAUGUUCUGAUGCAUAUCCAGAUCAGCAUGUGCUCUUGUCCCUGGCUGUCAUAGCCGUGUUGUAUGUCCUAGGGUUUUUUUUUUUUUGUUUGUUACGUCACCAGAGUCCUCGUUUCAUUUCACACAGCCAAGUGUCAUUCUUAGACCGGGAGCUGAGUUUCACGUAGUUGCAGUGUGUGGAAGCAAAUGGAUUGGGUGCACAUGCUCAACAGCGAGUUGAGUAAAUUAUAACUGUGUACCUUUGAGAGCCACCUGACCCUUAGAAUUGCAUUUCAUGUGAAGGAGGAAUGUCAGUCAGUAAGCGAUGCUGUGAUUGGUGAAGACGGCACCAGCCUCGUAGCAUGUAGGUAUACUACAGGCUAGCUGGCUGACAACACAUUACCCUCAGCCUUGUCUUUGGGCAUUUGGUUCCUCAUUAUUUUUCAGUUUAGCUGGCAAACCUCUUGAACUUGCUGGUUAGCUGGCUAAGAAGUUUUCCAUAGAUUUGCACAAUUGGUAGGCCUGCGCAAGCUUCUCGUCCAUUAGCUCAGCGGAUUCCAUAUCGCUACAGUCCUUAUGCCAUACGUCACACUCUGGUGACAAAAACAUUCCUAAUAUCUCUUUAAUUUUUAUACACUAGUUAUCUCUUUGUUACUUCAGCACCAAAGCUCGCUGUCAUAAUAGCCUAUUGACUAAAAAGUGUUUAUGCGCUGGACUAACACGUGCAUGUCAAGUUAAGUCCACCUACAGUAUGUUCUGGUAUUUGUGUGGUGAUGCUUUUGAGAAGCCGAUUUCAAGCGGCGGCAUUCAUAUAGUCGAUUUGAAUUCUGCUGUCUGGCCAAAACGUUUUGUUAGCCAUUUUUUUUCGCACCCUUUCCCACACGUCUUUCCUUAUGGCUGAAAGCAUUUGAAUGAAAUCCUGCUAGUCGUGAAACCACUUGGACACGAUUCACAGUGUGGAACUGCCUGCAGCAGGAAGACUAUGCUGUAGUUAUAUAGGCAAGAUUCAGUCUGCCUCUUAGAGAAGCUUGUGAACCGCUGCCCAAAAAAAAAAAAAAAAUCAUUUAUAAGCUCCGCCCUUUUACAUAAUUUUAUUUUUGCAUUGUUAUGUUUGUUUAAGUAGUGGAUCACGGGUGUUAAAAGCUUUUGUUAAUCGGGGUCUUUUAAGUUAUGCUAUGUAUUUGCUGACUCAAACAAGCAGACAGGCCCUUUUAAGUUAUGCUAUGUAUUUGCUGACUCAAACAAGCAGACAGGCACAAUACGGCAUGUACCUGUUUCUCACUGGAUUUCACGUUUGCACAAAAUUGUGAGAGAUUAUGGGAAAUGUGUGCUAAUAGUUGUGAAUUGUGGGUGACUCAUUUGUUGUUCAACUGAAAUAGUUGUGUUAUAAGGCUCAGCUUUUUUGCAUCAGUAUAGACUAGCGUAGGUGUGGUAAUGUCUCUAGUGCCAGUAUCAGCCCGUUAUUGCCCAUUGUGUUUGCUGUUAGGCUUUUGUCUUGUAGGGAAUGUCGAUUUACUACAAUCUUUAUUAUCAGAUUAGGUUUAUGUACUGACGCAGAUUCCAGUAGCGUGUAAAUGUUAAAAGGUCGGGUGACUAAUGAACGUGAUGUUUAAGUUUAAAAAAUUUCAAAGACGAUACAUUUCCGCCCGCUUUUUUUUCGCCAACUUUUGAAUUCACGUGAAAUUCGCUCUCUCUACUUUUUUCAAAUAAAGACGCAAACGUGAACGUCGGGCCAGUUCAGCGUACGCUCAGCCCGAUCUUCCACGCUUCGCCUCGUCAAACCGGAGAAAGGUCCAUCUUGGUUCGACGCCCCUGUCCUUCGUGUUUCCUCGGGGUUUAAAUCCGUUUCAUCCGGCGGACCCGUACCUUGUUAAAAUCGGCCCGUGACCUGUAACGUUGGGCGAGUCAGAAUAAUGUGCACGAGCAGUAGCCUAAAUGAGCGCUGUGUAAGGACGGCCAGAUCCCACAUACGCAUUGCUCCUUCCUGAGGAAUGUGCAGAGAACAGAAGGGAGGCAGUAGCACGCUGUGUAGGCUGGAAUGCCUCCUCCGAGAAGGUCACCGCGAGGGACAUUCUGUUAUUCAUUGGAGGGAAGAAUUUGAACCCUCUAUUCAGCAUUUCAUCAUUAUAGUAUAGUGUGGGCUACAGUAUAUUUAACCAGCAUUGUUAUAUUCAUACAAUAUUUAUCCCAGCCAGGUGUUUUACAUAUUCAGUCAAAGCAGAGUCUUGUAUUCUCAGGGAUUGUAAAAUGGCUUGGUGUAUAAUUUUUUUUUUUUUCUUCACAAAUUGGUUAGAGAAGAAACACCAAACACAAUGCAGAAAGUUUCUUUUUAUUUGCAGUAAAGCUACACCACUGAAACAUUUAAUUGCUUAUAAAAUUUUUUAUUAAUACUCAUGAAGCUUGCAGGCGCUGCAUUUUGUGGUUUCAUUACUUAGGUUUGCUAUUGUAAGAGAUCACGCCAUGUUGAAUAAAUGUGUUAACCGAAUUGUCUGUAUUGUGAUUGAAAAAAAAGAAAAUGAGUAUAUUUAAUAAAAUUUCAAUAAUCAA